UCGAGCGAGGAGAAGAGGUGGCGCCAGAAUGAGAUCAAUGAAAGACGGAGGCUCCUGCGGAAGGUCGGCAUCUAUGGCGACUCGAACCGCGUCCGGAACGAGCGCACGAGGGAGAUCGCCUUCCUGCGCGAACAAAUGGAGAGGCUGCAGCUCGACCUGAAGGUUCUGCAGGCCCGACGGGCUCAGGAGCAGCGAGAAGCCAAGCGGGCGAAUGCCUCUGCUAUCGUUGCGAGAAACCAUCCAGCUUCAGGACCAGGGAGCUUGUGGAGAGAGCAAGCUACUAGACAGCGACGUCACCGCGAGGAGGCUGAGCGAGACAAUGUCCUAUUGAGACUCGCUGUGGAGCGACAGAAGAAGGUGGCGGCCAGCCUGAGAAGCUUGAUGGGCAAGCGGUCGAGUCAGCUGACGAACGGGUGUGCGUCGUUGGUGAGCUUGUGCUCUUCAAAGCGCAACACUUUCGACGUCCUGGACUUUCGAGGGGAUAUCGGCACCUAUCGUGAGCUCUUCCGCGACCUCGAUGCUGCCUACAGGGACAUUGACUCAGUGUUCGCUGCCAAUGGCUUGGCAAGUAUGGCGAUUUCGCCUAACGACGUUCAUGUACGCGAAGGCGUCCAGGGGAAAUACCUCGAGUUCUCUACGUACAAGGAUCUGCCGUUCGCAGUGCAAGACACUGCUCAAGCUUCCUGGGACCACUUCAAAGGCGUGGAGAAGCACCAAGGCUACGGCAAUUUGUACCAAAAAUCAGCAAAGGUG